AUGGCGUCUUUUGAAACAUCUUCGCAUGUCUACAAGACUGCAGAUGGCUUAUCUCUCGGAAUCGACCUGUUGAAACCUCCAACCGCAAAGGAAGACAGUGUUGUCCUCCUCCAUUUCCACGGCGGGUUUCUAGCGAUUGGCAAAAAAACAACAUUCCCCCCCCACUGGCUUAUCAACGCCUGUCACCAUCGAGGAUGGAUAUACGCAACAGCAUCCUAUAGGCUCCUCCCAGAAGCAAAGGGGCUAGACAUCCUCCAAGACACACUCGAUGCAACGAACUGGGUCAACCAAAACAUCAGCAGCAAAAUCAUCAUAGCCGGCUCCAGCGCCGGAGGAUAUCUAGCACUCGCAACAGCAGCCCAUCCCAGUUGCCCUCGACCCAUCGCUGUUCUCGCCAUCUACGGAAUGCUCGACCCAGCAAGCGAGCGAUAUGUCCAUCCUGGACAGGCUCUCAUGGGACCAGUCGAAAACGAAACCGAAGCCCUGAGCGAGAUUGAUGCAGCAAUGCAGAGUGGACAGGUGCUAGACGGGUAUCCAUUCCCAGCGAACCUACCCACCGAUCAAAGAGUCAAAUGGAUCAGAACAAUGCACCAGACUGCACGGUAUGCAGAUGUUCUCACACGGUGUCCAGGUCUGGCACAGCGUAUUGCUGAAGAAGGCACGGAUGCUAUCCCUGAGGAAUACCGGACCCUGUUUCCUGUAAGCUUUGGGUUGACGCCGAAUUUCCCGCCUACUGUUCUUUUGCAUGGUGAUCGAGAUGAUCUGGUGGACUUUGACCAGAGUUCCAUGGUGGCUGAGAAGUUGAGAACUCUUGGUGUUGAUCUUUGGUUUGAGAAUGCUGUCGACCAGGAUCAUGGGUUUGAAACCAAAGAGGGUUUUAAUUUGGAUGUUGGUGAUGCAGCGGACGGUAACGCGGUGACGGAUUCUCUUCGAAGUGUUAUUGCUGUUCUUGAGAAGCAUGCAUCAUCUGUUUAG